AUGCAUGCAGAAGACCGCAGGCCCUUUCGUCACAUUCCCCUAUCAUACAAUCAUGCCGACUCUCAUGCCUCCGCGCUGAGGCUCAUCUUGACACUCAACCCGCACUGGGAGGGACCGGACAACAAGAUCGAGUUUGUCCGGUUCACGGAUGGCAUCACCAAUACUCUUCUUAAAAUCAUCAAUCGCAAGCCCGGCUUGACCGAGGAGCAGAUAGACCAAGAAGCAGUACUGAUGCGAGCGUACGGUAACCACACAGAAAUCCUCAUAGACCGCGAAAGAGAAACGAGAUCCCAUGCUCUUCUUGCCAGCCAUGGAUUAGCCCCUCCUCUCCUGGCGCGCUUCAACAAUGGCCUCCUGUACCGGUUCCUCCGUGGCCGCCCAGCCAGCGCGGAGGACCUUGCCACGCCUGCCGUCUGGCGUGGUGUGGCCAGGAGACUUGCGCAGUGGCAUGCGGUGUUGCCCAUCAAGGGAGCUGCCACACCGCUAAUGCCCGCCGAGGACGUGACCCUGAUGCAACAUGUAGAUGAGGCCACGGCACACUGCCAGAAGUUGAAGCACGAGGACAUCUCCGUGAUCACCCCAAAGCAGCCUGGGCCGAGCAUGUGGAGUGUGCUCCAAAAAUGGAUCCUUGCUCUGCCCACGACCACGGAGGAGCAGCGCCAACGGAGACUUAGUCUGCAAAAGGAGCUGGAGCGGGUUGUCAGCGAGCUAGACGAUGGAAAGGGCCUAGGCGAUGGUGGAUUGGUUUUCUCUCACUGUGACCUUCUUUGCGCGAACGUCAUCGUGUUGCCCGAAAGCGCCUCUUCGGAAGACGAAGCGGCCGUUGUCAACUUCAUCGACUACGAAUAUGCCACCCCCUCACCUGCCGCCUUCGACAUUGUCAACCACUUUGCCGAAUGGGGCGGUUAUGACUGCGACUACAACAUGCUGCCCACCCGUUCUGUGCGACGCGAGUUCUUGACCGAAUAUGUCAAGAGCUACAGCUACCACAAGGGUAUCCCGGAGUCAUCUCAAGGGGAGAUUGUCGACCGACUCUACGAAGACGUCGACCGGUUCCGAGGCAUUCCCGGACUCUACUGGGGCGUGUGGUCACUCAUCCAAGCCCAAAUCUCACAGAUCGACUUCGAUUACGCCUCCUACGCCGAGGUCCGUCUCGGCGAAUACUACGCAUGGCGCCGGGAGGUAGACGGGUCGCGGACCCAGGCAGGUGAAGAGAUGCCUCUCCGGGAGCGACGAUGGGCUCAAGAAGCUUAA